AUGCGAUUCACGGUACUCUUCUUCAGAUGUAGCAAAGUUGAAUGUUCCAAUUCUUCUCUUAUUACAAACCUAAUAUCUGCUCUGAAUUCUGUUUUUGCAAUCAAAGAUUUAGGUGACCUCAGCUACUUCUUGGGGAUAGAAGUUAUUAAGCAAAAAGAUUCAGUUUUGUUGAGUCAACAAAAAUACAUCAUUGAUCUACUUAAACGGACCAAGAUGGAUGCUGCAAAACCAGUUGCUACUCCCUUGGCUAUGAACACUAAAAUCAGCAGAUUGGGUACGCAAAGAUUUGAGGAUCCAACGCUUUAUAGAAGUGUAUGUGGAGCAUUGCAGUAUCUACAUCUCACUCGGCUUGAUAUUGCUGUCGCAGUAAACAAAGUGUGCCAGUUCAUGCAAGACCCUUACAUCGAGCAUUGA